AUGGGCAGUGAUCUUCUGGCUGAUGGGCGUGCCCAGAAGAUCGGGGCUACCGAUUCAUUCAUCCACCUCCAGUUUGAUGCAGCCAAAAUCAACCAUGACACUGUGCUUGUGAAGCUGAGCAGCCCACUGAUAAAUCCACCACAGCGCAUGUGCCCAGAUGUCACCCUCAUCUCCUACGAGGACUGCAGGGGUGACUCAGGGAGUCCAUUGAUGUGCAAAGACGCCCUGCAAGGCCUGGUGUCCUCUGGGUAUUUCCCUUGUGUACCACCUUUCUACCCAAUCAUCUACACCGGUGUAUGCAAGUACAGCCAAUGGAUAUAUGAAACUAUGAAAAAUAAUUUCUAA